CAUACUUCUGCGCUUUCCCUGAAAGUGGAGCAUUAGCAACUGCAGUCAAAAAGCACCCUUGCUUCUUCAGCUCUGAUCCUGGCAGCAACUGUCUAAUUCCGUCUGGAGGAACUAGGCGACAGCACUGGAGGCAAGUUUAAAAAGGACCUAGUGACACCCUGCUGUCACAUCAGGUUUCAUGAAUCGAUUUAUUAGUAGUCCAUUUACAAUUACUUUCCUAGUCCCAUCAGUAGUGUACAUUCUUGAGAACUGGCUGGCUGGGAAGGAAGGAGCACACUGCUGAAGGCUCCCAUUGCUGUUAAGAAAACUGGCACUAAAAUACUACUGACAGAUUGGACACUGUAUUCCUCCAGACAAUAUUAAUCUGUCGAUGACUGAAGCGAAGACGUGAUUGAUGCAGUUACGGAACUGGUGACAUAGGAAGUUGGCUGCAUUUUCAUAGGAUUUGUUCAGACAUCCUGCUGGCUUUAUUGAGGAUGGAUAUAUUCCUUUGCUUUGAAACGUGGGAUUUUCUCUGCUUCUGGGCCAUCACUGAAAAGCUGUAAUUAAGGACCCUGGUAAUAGUAUAUGGAUUCUGUUGGAGAUAGAGUGUCAUACGAGUAUUGGAUGAAAUACCUACCUAGCAAACAGCCUUGCUGAUUGAGUGUCUCAGCCCAGACAAUGGGCUCCUGCCCACGGGAGUAUAAGUCUGGGAUCAAAACACUGACUUUAGCAGACGUGCUCCAUCACCACUGAGAGCUGAAGCUAAUCUCUGAUAUACAAACUUUAAUGGAGCAUAAGCCAGGGAAGAACAUGCAAUGAGAAUGGCUGGACCAUUGCAGUGGCGCACUGAUUUUUGUGGAUGGUGAACACAGAAAGGGGAUUGAGAAGAGACCACCCGAGUUAUUCUGACACAUGACUUGAGUGCUUUCUAUUCUUAGACAGAUGAGGAUCUGAAAUAUGUAGACUGAGAAUAACACAUGUCCGGGUUAAAACUGUAUCCUACAAGAAGUAUUUGAUGGAUUAUUCCUAGAUCUUUCUAAGACGGUUAAUACACAAAGUUAUUCCAAUCUGACCGCCACACGGACGUCAUUAUUUUAAUGUUGAAUACUCAGACAAGGGUGCCAUGGAUGUAAAAGAAAGGAAGCCGUAUCGAUCUCUGACUCGGCGCCGCGACACUGAGCGCCGCUACACCAGCUCUUCAGCCGAAAGCGAGGACAGCAAGGUACCCCAGAAGUCCUACAGCUCCAGCGAGACCCUGAAGGCUUAUGAUCAAGACUCCAGGUUGACCUACAGCAACCGGGUCAAAGACAUGGUUCACCAGGAGGCCGAUGAAUUCUGCCGAGCAGGAGCCAACUUCUCUUUGCGAGAGCUGGGUCUUGAAGACGUGACACCCACCCACGGGACUUUGUACCGGACUGAUAUCGGGCUGCCGCACUGCGGCUACUCCAUCAGCGCCGGCUCGGAUGCCGACACGGAGGCAGACGUGGUCAUGUCACCCGAGCACCCCGUGAGGCUUUGGGGACGCAGCACCAAGUCCGGGCGCAGCUCCUGCUUGUCGAGCCGGGCCAACUCCAACCUCACCCUCACCGACACGGAGCACGAGAACACCGAAACUGAUCAUCCUCCAAAUCUUCAAAAUCAUUCGAGACUUAGAACUCCACCACCUCCAAUAUCUCAUGCUCACACCCCAAAUCAACACCACGCGGCCUCCAUCAAUUCCCUAAACAGAGGGAACUUCACUCCACGCAGCAACCCCAGCCCAGCUCCUACGGACCACUCUCUUUCUGGAGAACAACCAGCCAGUGCUCAAGAGCCAGCCCAUGCUCAGGACAACUGGUUACUCAACAGCAACAUCCCACUGGAGACCAGAAACAUAGCAAAGCAGACAUUCCUAGAGACAUUGCAGGACAACCUCAUUGAGAUGGACAUUCUCACCUCCUCCCGACAUGACGGUGCUUACAAUGAUGGGCACUUCCUGUUCAAACCUGGAGGCACUUCUCCCCUUUUUUGUACAACGUCGCCGGGAUAUCCCUUGACGUCCAGCACUGUGUACUCACCUCCCCCUAGGCCCCUUCCCAGAAGUACCUUCUCUAGGCCUGCCUUUAACCUGAAGAAACCCUAUAAGUACUGUAACUGGAAAUGUGCUGCCCUGAGUGCCAUUGUCAUCUCAGUCACGCUGGUGAUCCUGCUGGCCUAUUUCAUAGCCAUGCACCUGUUUGGCCUAAACUGGCACCUGCAGCCGAUGGAAGGGCAGAUGUAUGAGAUCACGGAAGACACAGCCAGCAGUUGGCCAGUGCCAACGGACGUCUCCUUAUAUCCUUCGGGGGGCACAGGGUUAGAGUUACCUGACAGGAAAGGCAAAGGAACCAGUGAAGGAAAACCCAGUAGUUUCUUUCCAGACGACAGUUUUAUAGACUCUGGAGAAAUUGAUGUUGGCAGACGAGCCACACAGAAGAUCCCUCCUGGUAUCUUUUGGAGAUCUCAGGUGUUCAUCGACCAUCCAGUGCAUCUGAAAUUCAAUGUGUCUUUAGGAAAGGCUGCUCUGGUUGGCAUCUAUGGCAGAAAAGGCCUCCCACCAUCACAUACACAGUUCGACUUUGUUGAGCUCCUUGAUGGAAGACGUCUACUGACACAGGAGGCAAGAAGCUUAGAAGGACCUCAGCGGCAACACAGAGCUUUUGUGCCCUUGUCCAGCCACGAGACGGGGUUUAUCCAGUAUUUAGAUUCAGGAAUAUGGCAUUUAGCCUUCUACAAUGAUGGCAAAGAAUCGGAAGUGGUUUCGUUUCUUACUACUGCUAUUGAAUCAGUGGAUAAUUGUCCCAGUAACUGCUAUGGGAAUGGAGACUGUGUGUCUGGGACUUGCCAUUGCUUCCUUGGCUUUCUGGGACCUGACUGUGGCAGAGCAUCCUGCCCCGUGCUGUGCAGUGGAAAUGGGCAGUACAUGAAGGGAAGGUGCCUGUGCCACAGCGGCUGGAAGGGAGCAGAAUGUGAUGUCCCAACCAACCAGUGCAUCGAUGUCUCCUGCAAUAACCACGGCACGUGCAUCAUGGGGACCUGUAUCUGCAACCCAGGAUACAAAGGAGAAAGCUGUGAAGAAGUGGACUGCAUGGAUCCCACCUGCUCGGGACGAGGCGUGUGCGUGCGAGGAGAAUGUCACUGUUCAGUGGGCUGGGGAGGAGCAAACUGUGAGACCCCAAGAGCCACUUGUCUGGACCAAUGCUCCGGCCAUGGGACCUUCCUCCCGGAUACUGGGCUCUGCAGCUGCGAUCCCAACUGGACUGGACACGAUUGCUCAAUCGAGAUUUGUGCAGCGGACUGCGGAGGACAUGGCGUUUGUGUCGGAGGCACCUGCCGCUGCGAGGAGGGAUGGAUGGGCACAGCCUGUGACCAGCGAGCGUGUCACCCACGCUGCAAUGAGCACGGGACAUGCCGGGAUGGCAAGUGUGAAUGCAGCCCGGGCUGGAAUGGAGAGCACUGCACUAUUGCUCACUAUCUGGAUAAGGUAGUGAAAGAGGGAUGCCCUGGCUUGUGCAACGGCAACGGCAGAUGCACUCUGGACAUGAAUGGCUGGCACUGCGUCUGCCAGCUGGGCUGGAGAGGAGCGGGAUGUGACACUUCCAUGGAGACGGCGUGUGGAGAUGGGAAAGACAACGAUGGAGAUGGCCUGGUGGAUUGCAUGGACCCAGACUGCUGCUUGCAGCCACUGUGCCACGUCAAUGCGCUGUGCCUGGGCUCCCCGGACCCCUUGGAUAUCAUCCAGGAGACACAAGCCCCCGUGUCCCAGCAGAGCUUGCAUUCGUUCUACGAUCGGAUCAAGUUCCUCAUCGGCAAGGACAGCACUCACGUCAUCCCAGGAGACAAUCCUUUUGAAGGAGGACAUGCAUGUGUGAUUCGAGGCCAGGUGAUGACGGCAGAUGGGACCCCUCUGGUUGGAGUGAACAUCAGCUUUGUCAACAAUCCUCCGUUUGGAUACACAAUCAGCAGACAAGACGGCAGCUUCGAUCUUGUGACCAUUGGUGGGAUCUCCAUCAUCCUGCACUUUGAGCGGGCUCCCUUCAUCACCCAGGAGCACACGCUGUGGCUGCCAUGGGAUCGCUUCUUCGUGAUGGAAACCAUCGUCAUGAGGCAUGAGGAGAAUGAGAUCCCAAGCUGUGACCUCAGUAACUUCGCCCGACCCAACCCUGUGGUCUCCCCAUCUCCACUGACAGCUUUUGCAAGUUCCUGCUCAGAGAAGGGUCCUAUUGUUCCUGAAAUCCAGGCUCUACAGGAGGAGAUUAAUGUUUCCGGUAGUAAAAUAAAAGUGAGUUACCUGAGCAGUCGCACAGCUGGCUACAAAUCAGUCCUGAGGAUCAGCAUGACCCACCCCACCAUCCCCUUCAACCUCAUGAAAGUCCACCUCAUGGUGGCCGUCGAGGGACGCCUCUUCAGAAAGUGGUUUGCAGCAGCUCCAGACUUGUCCUAUUACUUCAUCUGGGACAAGACAGACGUCUACAGCCAGAAGGUGUAUGGGCUCUCAGAAGCCUUUGUUUCAGUAGGUUAUGAGUAUGAAUCCUGUCCUGACUUGAUCCUGUGGGAGAAGAGGACAGCUGUGCUUCAGGGUUAUGAAAUUGAUGCUUCCAAACUUGGAGGAUGGUCCCUGGAUAAACACCAUGCCCUCAACAUACAAAGUGGCAUCUUACAUAAAGGAAACGGGGAAAACCAGUUCAUUUCCCAGCAGCCGCCUGUAAUUGGAAGCAUUAUGGGCAACGGCCGCAGACGUAGCAUCUCUUGUCCAAGCUGCAAUGGUCUUGCAGAUGGGAACAAACUCCUGGCUCCUGUUGCCCUAACAUGUGGUUCUGAUGGAAGUCUUUAUGUUGGAGAUUUCAACUACAUCCGAAGGAUCUUUCCCUCUGGCAACGUCACCAACAUACUGGAGCUGAGAAAUAAAGAUUUCAGACAUAGCCACAGCCCAGCCCAUAAGUAUUACUUGACCACAGAUCCAAUCACUGGCUCCAUCUACCUCUCCGACACCAACAGCCGACGUAUCUAUAAAAUCAAGUCAACCACAUCAGUGAAAGACAUUGUGAAGAAUUCCGAGGUCUUGGCUGGAACCGGGGAUCAGUGCCUCCCGUUCGAUGAUACCCGCUGCGGAGAUGGAGGCAAAGGCACUGAUGCUACCCUUACAAAUCCCAGGGGCAUCACCGUGGAUAAGUUUGGGCUGAUUUACUUUGUGGAUGGCACUAUGAUCAGGAGGAUUGAUCAGAAUGGGAUCAUCUCCACAGUGUUGGGUUCCAAUGACUUGACGUCUGCUCGGCCUCUCAGCUGUGACUCUGUCAUGGACAUUUCUCAGGUUCGUUUGGAAUGGCCCACGGAUCUGGCAGUCAAUCCAAUGGAUAACUCACUCUACGUCCUGGACAAUAACGUUGUGUUACAGAUAUCUGAGAACCACCAAGUGCGCAUCGUGGCAGGGAGGCCCAUGCACUGCCAAGUGCCAGGCAUGGAUCACUUCCUCCUUAGCAAGGUGGCAAUCCAUGCCACGCUGGAGUCUGCCACUGCCCUGGCUGUCUCGCAUAACGGGGUCCUGUAUAUUGCUGAGACUGAUGAGAAGAAGAUCAACCGCAUCAGGCAGGUCACCACCAGUGGUGAGAUAUCCCUCGUUGCUGGUGCACCAAGCAGCUGUGACUGCAAGAACGAUGCUAACUGUGACUGCUUCUCAGGGGAUGAUGGCUAUGCCAAGGAUGCCAAACUCAAUGCGCCAUCCUCCCUUGCGGUGUGUGCGGAUGGGGAGCUGUAUGUUGCUGAUCUUGGGAAUAUCCGAAUCCGCUUUAUUCGGAAAAACAAACCAUUCCUCAACACACAAAACCUAUAUGAGUUAUCCUCACCCAUAGACCAGGAACUCUACUUGUUUGACACCAGUGGGAAGCACCUUUAUACUCAGAGCCUUACCACUGGAGAUUACCUUUACAAUUUUACUUACUCUGGAGAUGGAGAUAUAACCCUGAUCACUGACAAUAAUGGCAACUUGGUCAAUAUCCGAAGAGAUUCCACAGGGAUGCCCCUCUGGCUGGUGGUGCCUGAUGGCCAAGUCUACUGGGUGACAAUUGGUACCAACAGUGCACUCAAGAGUGUAACAACACAGGGGCAUGAAGUGGCCAUGAUGACUUACCACGGCAACUCUGGUCUCCUUGCCACUAAAAGCAAUGAAAAUGGUUGGACAACGUUUUAUGAGUACGACAGCUUCGGCCGCCUGACCAACGUGACCUUCCCUACUGGCCAAGUGAGCAGCUUCCGCAGCGAUACUGACAGCUCCGUGCACGUCCAGGUGGAAACCUCCAGCAAGGAUGAUGUUACAAUAACAACUAAUUUGUCAGCAUCAGGAGCCUUCUACACCCUGCUCCAAGACCAAGUUCGAAACAGCUACUACAUCGGUGCUGAUGGCUCUCUCAGACUGAUGCUCGCUAACGGCAUGGAGGUAGCCCUGCAAACAGAGCCACAUCUGCUGGCUGGCACUGUCAACCCCACGGUGGGGAAGAGGAACGUCACCCUGCCCAUCGACAACGGCCUCAAUCUCGUGGAGUGGAGGCAGAGGAAGGAGCAAGCGAGAGGGCAGGUCACCGUCUUUGGACGUCGGCUGAGGGUUCACAACAGAAACCUGCUGUCCCUCGACUUUGACCGUGUGACAAGGACAGAGAAGAUCUAUGACGACCACCGCAAGUUCACGCUCCGCAUCCUCUACGACCAGGCAGGGAGGCCCAGCCUCUGGUCACCCAGCAGCAGACUGAAUGGGGUCAACGUCACCUAUUCCCCAGGAGGACACAUUGCAGGGAUUCAGAGGGGCACAAUGUCAGAAAGGAUGGAGUAUGAUCAGUCUGGCAGGAUUACAUCCAGGAUCUUUGCUGAUGGCAAAUCAUGGAGUUACACUUACUUGGAGAAGUCCAUGGUGCUGCUCCUUCACAGCCAGAGACAGUACAUCUUUGAGUUUGAUAAGAACGACCGGUUGUCAUCGGUGACCAUGCCCAAUGUUGCUCGGCAGACUUUAGAAACCAUUCGUUCCAUUGGUUACUACAGGAACAUCUACAGGCCACCAGAAGGCAACGCCUCGGUCAUUCAGGAUUUCACAGAGGAUGAGCAGCUCCUCCACACUCUGUACUUGGGCACAGGGAGACGGGUCAUCUACAAGUACGGCAAGUUGUCCAAGUUAGCCGAGAUGCUCUACGACACCACAAAGAUCAGUUUCACUUAUGAUGAAACUGCUGGCAUGCUGAAGACCAUAAACCUGCAGAAUGAAGGGUUCACCUGUACAAUCAGAUACAGGCAGAUCGGGCCCCUCAUUGAUCGGCAGAUCUUCCGCUUCACUGAGGAAGGCAUGGUGAAUGCCCGCUUUGACUACAACUAUGACAACAGCUUUCGGGUGACCAGCAUGCAAGCAGUCAUCAAUGAGACACCUUUACCCAUUGAUCUCUACAGGUAUGAUGAUGUGUCAGGAAAAACUGAGCAAUUUGGUAAAUUUGGAGUCAUCUACUACGAUAUCAACCAGAUUAUCACCACUGCUGUCAUGACUCACACUAAACAUUUUGAUGCCUAUGGCAGGAUGAAGGAGGUCCAGUAUGAGAUAUUCCGGUCUCUCAUGUACUGGAUGACUGUGCAGUAUGACAACAUGGGGAGAGUGGUUAAGAAAGAGCUGAAGGUUGGCCCUUAUGCCAACACAACUAGGUACUCAUACGAAUACGAUGCUGAUGGCCAGUUGCAGACAGUGUCUAUCAAUGACAAACCCCUCUGGCGUUACAGCUAUGACCUAAAUGGAAACCUCCACUUGCUGAGUCCAGGGAAUAGCGCCCGGCUUACACCGCUCAGGUACGACCUCAGGGAUAGGAUUACUAGACUGGGGGAUGUGCAGUACAAAAUGGAUGAGGAUGGCUUCCUGAAGCAAAGGGGCAAUGAUGUUUUUGAGUACAAUUCAGCUGGCCUGCUCAUCAAAGCCUACAAUAAAGCUAGUGGAUGGAGUGUGAAAUACCGCUACGAUGGCCUAGGAAGGAGAGUGUCUAGCAAAACCAGCCAUGGCCAUCACUUGCAGUUCUUCUACGCAGACCUGACCAACCCAACCAAGGUCACCCACUUAUACAACCACUCGAGCUCCGAGAUCACCUCCCUUUACUAUGACCUCCAAGGCCACCUCUUUGCAAUGGAGCUCAGCAGCGGUGAUGAGUUCUACAUAGCUUGUGAUAACAUUGGCACUCCUUUGGCUGUCUUCAGUGGGACUGGCUUAAUGAUUAAGCAAAUACUGUACACAGCAUAUGGGGAGAUCUAUAUGGACACCAAUCCCAACUUCCAGAUCAUCAUUGGCUACCACGGAGGACUGUAUGACCCCCUCACAAAGCUUAUCCACAUGGGACGGAGAGACUAUGAUGUGCUAGCAGGUCGGUGGACAAGUCCAGACCAUGACAUGUGGAAGCAUCUGAGUAGCAAUAAUAUAAUGCCUUUCAACCUGUAUAUGUUCAAAAACAACAAUCCCAUUAGCAACUCUCAGGAUAUCAAAUGCUACAUGACAGAUGUCAACAGUUGGCUGCUCACCUUCGGGUUCCAGCUACACAACGUCAUCCCCGGCUACCCCAAGCCAGACAUGGAUGCGAUGGAGCCGUCCUAUGAGCUAAUCCACACCCAGAUGAAAACCCAGGAAUGGGACAAUAGCAAGUCAAUUUUGGGGGUCCAGUGUGAAGUGCAGAAGCAAUUGAAGGCCUUUGUCACUCUUGAGCGCUUCGAGCAGAUCUACAGCUCCAGCAUCGCCGGGUGCCGCCAGGUCAAGAAGAACAAGAACUUUGCCUCUGGAGGCUCUAUCUUCGGCAAAGGAGUCAAGUUUGCCAUGAAGGACGGGCGCGUGGCCACCGACAUCAUCAGUGUGGCCAACGAGGAUGGGCGGAGGAUCGCAGCCAUCCUGAACAAUGCCCAUUACCUGGAGAACUUACACUUCACUAUCGACGGGGUGGACACGCACUAUUUCAUUAAGCAAGGGCCAUCGGAGGGUGACCUGUCCAUCUUGGGCCUCAGCGGCGGGCGGAGGACCCUGGAGAACGGCGUGAACGUGACGGUGUCCCAGAUCAACACAGUGCUAAGUGGAAGGACUAGACGUUACACGGACAUCCAGCUCCAGUACGGCGCGCUGUGUCUAAACACUCGCUACGGGACCACCUUGGACGAGGAGAAGACCCGCGUCCUGGAGCUGGCCCGACAGCGCGCUGUCGCCCAAGCUUGGUCCCGGGAACAGCAGAGAUUGCGGGAUGGGGAGGAGGGUGUUCGCUCAUGGACAGAAGGGGAGAAGCAACAAGUGCUAAACACGGGCCGGGUACAGGGCUACGACGGCUAUUUUGUGAUCUCAGUGGAGCAGUACCCCGAACUCUCAGACAGCGCCAACAACAUCCACUUCAUGAGACAGAGCGAAAUGGGCAGAAGGUGACAGAGAGGGGCGAUGUGGUGACUUCUUGCCAAAGACAGCUACUCUUUUGUGGCCACUUAACCUGACUGUGUUGUACUCAAUCCUUUUUCUAAACUGAACAAGGCGGGAAGGGGGGGGGAAGGAGAAUAGAAAGAGAAGGAAUAACACGGUUGCACUGUAACUCAUGCAACAUACCUUUUUUUUUUUCCCUCUCUUUAAUUUGGCCUUCACACGUUUCUUUGCAAUGAACAGAAGGUAUAUUUUGCCGUAGUGUGGUCACAGUGAAAUUUACUGUCUCUUGUCCUUAUUUUUAUUGGGUUUUUUAGUUUCCCUCCCCCCAUGUGAGGAAUUUGAAGUGGGGAGUCCUCAACGUCCGUCCUUUAGGUGUGAAGUGUGAAAUGGGUGUCUGUGCUAACUUGUGUCAUCCUAACCCUUUCUGAGUUGGGGCAGGGACAGAUAGCCUUCCACCCGAAACACGGGGAGCCCGCGGCGAGCUGGAGAGCUCUUCCUGGAAAGAAAGGAGACGGAAGACAACGCUGAUUCCGAUACUCCGAAAGUGACCGUCCGAAUCAUGUGCCUCAAAAGAGACCUUACAAGUACUUUUCACGUUUCACUUGGGACAUAAAGUGGGGUUUUUCUGGGGGGCUCCUGCUGAGCAGAAGUAGAUUCUAGAGGCAAAGGAGCUGAUUAUAUUAACUUGCAAGAUGAUUCUCUUCCUUCCUGAACUGGAAUAAAGAAAGGAAAAAAAAUCAGUCUUUUUUUCGUUAUGAGAGUAGAUACUUUUGGGUUUUUUUUUUUUUGUGUGCAAAUCCUGGUUUUAGUUUAAAAAACCUAGCAAAAGCCAAGAAAGGGACUCCUGCUCUAUUGAGAAAAGCUAAAAUCAAUCCUCUCUCUCAUACAUAGAGCUGUUCUAUAGGUGGAUUUAAUGCACCCGUGUUGUACAUUUGCUAAUGGCAUAACUUCAUUAAAUGUAUAGUGUUUCAGUACAUGAGGCUACGUGUUUAACAGUCCACUGUGCUGUAUCUGAUAAAAGCAGUUAAUUUUUAGGAAGCUGAUUUGAAUUUAAAAGUAGUUAGAGUAUCCCAGUGACAUACCACUGAAAAUUAGAGCGAGCCAAACCCUGCUUUUCCUCAUUCUGGAGCUUGUAUUUAUUGGCUGGGAAAUGCAGUUUUGAGUAGCAUGCUGGCAAAGUCGUUUAUGACUAUGGCAGAGAAAUGUCUCCUGGGGACUUUGGCAGCAGGGAUUUUAAAAUGUUUAAUAAGUAGCAACAGCUUGUGCGUGGUGGGACAAGAAGAAGAAUGUUGGAAUCAACCCUCUCACUGUUUCUUACACGAGCUCGAGUUAAACAGAGAGCCCAGUUGACUGUUAGCAGUGAAGAGAGGGGGAGGUUGAAUGGAAAUGCCCACUGCAGAGGGGACCCAGUGCUUUAACACGAAACUGCUGACAAAGUUACUCAGCGUGCUCAUGUGAUUUGUAUUCACAAAACCUUCAUGCUCUGGUAUUUGCAAGAGUCCUUGAAAUUCAAGGGAACAAGGAGAUGAGUUUAGCAUCCUCUUCCCUGCCUGAACCAGUACUGUGGUAGCAAGGGCCGUUCCUGCAGGCAGAGGUGUCACCCCAUAUCUUGCUGGAGCUCUGGCUGGAGAUGGCCAACCCUGGUCCCAAACAGACGUCUCUAUCACUGCCUCCUGCACGUGUCCCGGCUCUAGGAGCUUGCACCGUGUCUCUCUGGGAAUAUCUCAGUCCUGAUCUGUUGUUUCCUUCAUUCCAUCCACUUUGGUUUUGGCUUCCCGGUUCUGCAGAGAGAUAACCGGACAUGGGCAAAUCCAUGCCAAGGCUGUUUCCUUACUCGGAUCCCUACAAUGCACCCUUGUCCCCAGAGCCAGCUCCUCUACACUUGUGCCACUGCCACUGGCAUCCUCCAACACAGCUCUGCAGGCUCUAGCCCCCAAGAUAAAGCAGGGGUGCAUUGGACAUGCAGUCCUCAAGCAGCAAAACGUUGGCAGCCCCAUGCUAUCACGGUUUCCCCAUAGAUACCGGCUGCCAGCUCCGUCUGCCUCGCCUGUCUGUUCCGGGGUGCUUGCCAGGAGGAAGAUGAUGGGAUGGAAAUUCCCCCAGCAGACUGUUCUUUCUCUAAUUCCCUAUCCCCUACCCAUCCAUAUGGUCCUGAUUUUCUGGUGGUCUCUCCUGCUUGCAAGGGUGAUGAUAUUGGUGCUGUGUGCCCAUACUCUGAACCACCCCUUGCUGCAGGAAACCAUUAUUACUUUGGCAGGAGUGAAUUGCAGGCAGCUGGAAAGGGUAUCCAGCUCUGGUAGAGCCAGCUGGGAGGAGAUGCAUUGGCUGGGACAGCUCUAGGCUUUGGAAAGCAAGUAGUUGCUUCAGGCAGCUGCCUGCCAGGGAUGGUUAAAAAGCCAUGGCCUUACCUCCUGCCAUGCUGGUAUCAAACUCUUGGCAAGCCUUGGUUGCCCUGAGGAUGCACCGGUGGGGAUUAGGGGCAGUGUUAGCCAAACCAGCAGUUGCCACCUACUUGAAGGAGGCAGCACCCUCUUCCCAGGGCUACCCAGCUCCCUGCUUCCCCCUCCCUGAGUCACACCAGGGACAAAUCCCUCCCAGAACUUCAACCUCGUGAUGGCUUUGAGUGUCUAAAACAGCAUCCAUGGAGCAAAAAACACCUGUGGGAAGCUGGUAUAAAGUCCUGGUGAAGACCUGCAGUGCAGAGAGAGCUUGGUGUGCAUCCCAUUUACACUCUGAGUGGCUCCGAAGAGAAGUGGUGCUUCUGUAUCCCUCCCCAUCCAUGUGUUACAAUGCUAAGAGGAGUAGUGGAAGAGUAAAUGGGCCACCUUUCCACGCAGCCAAGGAAAGGGAUUCGAGUGUGAAAUAUUCCUACUGGAACCCUGCCAGCCUGAGAUGGCACCUCUACAGCCUUACACAGACUCUUCAGGUUAUUACAUGAGAUAAUGACUUUGGGGAGUUCACCCAGUUUUCAAGAGUCUUUUGAUGCCACUGCACAUGUAUGGCAUUCCUAAAUCUGGGAGCCAUCCUGCUCUGCACCAUGGUGAAGGCAGCUUGGGAUGUGUUUGUCAGCAUCGUCAAGCAGCAGUGGGAUGUGACAGCACCCAUCUGCCUGACAGAUCCGUGGGGGUCUUCUCAUGGACCUGCACCCAGUGCAGGAAUUAUGGACAUUAUGUCAAAAAAGGGGGAAAAAAAUUAUAUGUAGAAGUAUAUAUAUAUAUGUAUGUGUUGCUUCUCUCUUUAUCAAAACCCAAAAAAUUAAAAGGCGCGACUGUCUGGUGCUGGGGACAAACCUGUCCAAAGACAGCUACUACGUUCCUUAAUCCUCAGCCUCUGUGAAAGCUUUCCACUUGAUGGCAAAAGAAGAAACAGUCCUAAAUUUAACCCUUCAUUAGUGAAAAAUGGUUUUUCUACAGCAUCUCAAGUGCGUUCUUGUGGAAGUUGCAGGAAUGGGCUGUGGACACAAAGACCCAUGAGGGACUGCACUCUGCUGUCCACAAGCCAGGCCAUGGCUUGACCAACCCUUCUUCCUUUGCUUGUGAGCAGGGGGUAGCAAAUCCUUGCUUCUGAAGAUUGGGAGAUCCUGGGUGCAAAUCCCAUAGUAUUAACCCCAUGUCUCAUUACUCUAGAUGCUCUUUCAAAGGCCAGUUGCAUGCCAGACCACCUCCAAGAGAUAAUGUCAAUGUGGUCUCAUGUGCUUUUAUGGCUCGACUUUGAGAAGUUCCCUAUUUUCUGGACUCCCAAGAAGAGGAAUCACCCCUCCACCAAAAUGAAUUUCCCUUCAAGAUGCAAAGGUGUAGCUUAAAUUACUUUGAACUCCUGGGCUUGUCUCCAGUCCAAAGAGUGAUGAGAAGAUUGUGGCCAAGCUUGGAGAACAAGGUCCAACAGUCUGGAGCAAGGUCUGCAGCUCCCGAUAUGAGUGAUGGACAAAGACCAGCAUCUCAAGUCCUCAUUAGCUCAUGGAACUGGUACCAAAACAUCCUCCAUUUAAAGCAACAACAGUGAUGGGACCAACUUACGUGGCAUCCAGACAUGAGCCAGUGCCAUGGGGGCUCUGCAGCUAACAAAUGUCCUGCAUAGACAGCCUGAGAGGAGAGGAGCAAGACUGAUUUGGCACAAGAAAUGCCUCAAUGUUUGUUUCCUCUGAGCUCUUGAUUUGAUUUCAUUUUUUUUCCCUUUCGACUGAAGAUUGGAGCUUGGAAAAAUCAUUAAGCAGCAGUAACCGGAGGGAAUCACGCAGCUCAUCAUAUCUUUGUAUCACAGCUAUUGAUCAGAGCCGUGCUGAAAAUGGGCCAACAACUCUAAACAGCACCAGGCGAGAGCCAAUGAGACAAAGGUCGUUAUAAGCCCCGAUGCUUGAUUCAAGUUUAAAAGACACAGAUGAUUGGGAGCAGUCCCUGAGACACCAUUUGGCCAUAACUUAGAAACAGUGAGGGAUUUCUGUAAUAUAUCUGUAGUUGCUUUAUUGAGCGUAGGGGAUCGGCGCGAGAUUCUGCUUGGUCUAUUAUACAGGCAGCAUAACCAGAAUAAAUCAAAAUUGUUAAAGAAAAUAUAUAUAAAAACCCCUUAAUAAAGUACUUUUUCAGCUGUGACUUGUAAGUGUCAUGAUGAUCGAUGGCAGCCCAACCCAUUAUGCAAAGACAAGGCUCUUUACAUGAAAUUUUGGAAUCCAAUUUUACGACGUACAGAGAGGGCCCCCCUUGUAUUAACGGCACAGGAGCCUGGUCUGAUUCCAUCUCUGUGUAAUUGAAACCAGGGCCAGAGACCUUGCUUAGUCCUAUGGCUACUUUUUAAACAGGGAGGAGACAUAUCAUGUUAAUAAUGGAGCUAAAAAGAUUGCUUUGCUUGUUAUAUCUUAUUAGCUUUAUCUCCUUGCUCUGGUGGCACUGCCAAACCUGGAUACUGUGCCUCAAUGCCGGGGCUGGGGUUUGGUGGGAUAAAAUCUGGCUCCAUUCAGCCGGCAGCAUCCUCCAUCCCAGGGUGAGCAUCAUGGCUUGGGGCACUUUCGCUCCUGUUUUUACAGUCCUCUGUAGGACAGCAAGUUUUUCAGCAUCUCUUUUUAUUAUAAUCACUUUUUAUUAUGAUCAAUAAAUAGAUAUCUGAAUUCCCCUCAUACACCGAAGGAUUUUCAUGAGUUUUGUAUAAAAAACCAAACAAACCAGCUUUUUGUGGGGUUUAUUUUCAUCUGUUGGGUGUAUUUAAGUAGAAUUACUGACGACUGUAGAGCAGAUUUUAAACAGGCACCAUGGGGACAUGCAGCAUCCCUGUUUCACUCCUGCAUGAAGGGCCGUGCGGUGUCCCUGGGGCCAUUUCCUGCGGCACUUCUCCAUCCUUGGUUCAUAGAAUCACAGAAUGGUUUGGGUUGGAAAGGACUUUAAGAUCAUCCGGUUCCAACCCCCUGCCAUGGGCAGGGACGGCUCACACUAGAACCCGGCCCACCCAAUGGAAACCUUUUGUGUCUCUUGCCUGCUUUCCUUUAAUGACCAUAAAACUUUGUGUUCCUGACAAAGUAUUACAUGGCUCAACUGUUAACUCCCAUCCCAGAGGUCAAUGCUUUCUGGGCAGUGGAGCAUAGAAAACCACAAGUGAAAAUUAACUAAGAAUAUAUAUACAUAUAUAUAUAUAUAAUUCUUUUUUCCCUCAGAAACUGUUCAAUAGAACUUUCCAAUAGAACUUUUGGACAGUUCAUGGAUGUUGUUUAAAUAAUCAAUAAAAGAAUCACACUUUUCUAUUAAAAGAAUAAAAGGUUUAUUAUGUGUGAGGACUUUCAAUGCAGCUCCUACCCGGAAGAGGACUUUGUACCACAGCUGCAUCUGUAAGCCCAACACCGAAGACUCUUGUCAUUACCCUGUGUAAUAAUUUUCCUGAAGUCUGGAACUAAUUUCUUGAGGAAAUUUUUUUUCUCGACACUUUGUGUUUCUAAGACUGUCUUCUUGACUUGUGUAAAUACAACCGGGCUGUAAAUAAGUGCAGAUGUAGAUACCUUCUAGAAAACAACGAAAGCAAACAGACAGAAGUGACCGUGUGUAGCCUUCGGUGACAAAUAAAAGAAUAUUUUGUGUUUAAA